CUCUCCUGCUGACAACUGGACGGCCUCCCUUCAAAGCAACCCCAAAUUUACAAAAGAAAUAAAGAAAAGAAUUCCCUAUUUUCUCCAUAUAUGAAAUGAAAGCCAAUUAAGCACAAAGAGAACCCACUCCUCCUCCCAUUCCAAUUUCCCCUGUUUCUAAAUCCUCUGUUUCGGAGGAAAACGAAAACCCAAAUGGGGAUCAUCAAGAUUUCAAUGAUCUCAUUCAUCCUAAUCUCCCUCCUCUACUCCUUCCUCUACAUCCCGGCCACCAACCUCUCUUCUCCACCCACCGCCUCCCCUGCCGCCGCAGCCAACAAAAACAUCCUCCGCGGCACUUACCCCGUCAAAUUCGCCUACCUGAUCUCCGCAUCCAGAGGGGAUUCCAGAAAACUGAUGCGGCUCCUCAAGGCCCUAUACCAUCCGGGCAACUACUACCUCGUCCAUUUGGACUCCGCCGCUCCCCCGGAAGAGCACGGCCGACUGUCGGAGUUCAUCGCCGGCGAGCCCGUUUUCAGAGCAAUGGGGAAUGUGUGGAUGGUCGGGAAGCCCAAUCUGGUGACUUACAGAGGGCCAACCAUGCUGGCGACUACCCUCCACGCCAUGGCGAUUCUUCUCCGGGCUGCCAACUGGGAUUGGUUCAUUAAUCUCAGUGCCUCCGAUUACCCUUUGGUUACUCAAGAUGAUCUGAUUGAUGCAUUUUCUGGGUUGCCGAGAAAUCUCAACUUCGUACAGCAUAGCAGUCGCUUGGGCUGGAAACUGAAUAAGAGAGCUAAGCCCAUAAUAAUAGACCCAGGGUUGUACAGCAACAACAAAUCAGAGAUCUGGUGGGUGAUUAAACAAAGGCCCAUCCCCACUGCCUUCAAGCUCUACACAGGUUCAGCUUGGACGAUCCUAUCAAGAUCAUUCGCGGAGUACAGCAUUGUAGGAUACGAGAACCUGCCCAGAACUCUCCUCCUCUACUACACAAACUUUGUGUCUUCGCCUGAGGGAUACUUCCAAACCCUUAUAUGCAACUCGCCGGAGUUCAGGAAUACGACGGCCAACCAUGACCUCCACUACAUUACUUGGGAUAACCCACCCAGGCAGCACCCUAGGUACCUCACCCUCAAGGACUAUCGACGAAUGAUCCUCAGCGCCCGCCCAUUCGCUCGCAAGUUCAAGCGCAACGACCCGGUCCUUGACAAGAUCGACCGGGAGUUGCUCCGGAGGUCUCACAACAAUGGCAAUUUUGGGUAUGGAGGGUGGUGUUUGGAGAGUGGUAUGGGUAGUGUUGGUGGGAAGAGGAGGAAUGGUAAUGGAGGGUGUCCUAGUAUGGUGGAUGUCGAUAGGAUUAAGUAUGGGCCUUUGGCUCCUGGGCCGGGCUCCAGGAGAUUGAGAAGCCUGAUCAGUAAAUUAGUAUCGGAUAACACUUUUGUGAAACGACAAUGUAGAUAAAUAGUAUCAGUAAUGUUUUCUAUAAUGUUGUUCGGUUAGUGUGAGCAUAUAUAAUACAUCAUUUUUUCAGUUGAUCAUUCUUUUUUUUUUUCCUUCACCAUACAUACAGUUUAAUUUGGAAGAAUGGUAAUGCAUGAUAUUAUUCAC